AUGCAGGACUGCCGCCUACUGAAGCCUAUACAGUUUUAUCCCCUGAAAUUCCUAAUUGGAAAGAGCAAUAAACUUAGAAAGGACUCCAUAAUAAGGAAUUCAUUAUCGGGGCAGGGAAAAAUCACAGACAAUGGAGAAAAAAGGGGAACCUUCUCGGUUUCCACCUUUUUCAAUACAGUUCUUUGGGUGUUCGUCCUUUCUUUGUUCUACAUAUUGAUACAGAAUGUACAUUGCCCAGGGUGGCCAGGGCACAGUUAUGGUAAAUUCACAAGUCUAUGGAAUGGUAGGAGGUGGAGAAAUCUGUCUGGGCGAAUUCCAUCUCAUGUGAAAGGAUUCAGGAGACUCUAUUUAACGGAGGAAGGAGAAAAAGUCAUUCAGGAGAAAAAAUGCAGUGUCAAAGAUAAGGAUCUGUCAUCACAAAUUCGGAGAAUGUAUGAGAACAUAGAAAUAAAUUUCCCGGAGAAGUACAAACAUAUGUUAACUGAAAGAGAGAAAAAAAGAUGUGUCGAGAAUGUAAUGCUUUUUAAGAAUGAUAAUUCGCAAGAAAUGACUGAUGAAGAAUUGAACGAAAGGAUUGGUAAAUUAAAAGGACCUGUAGAUAGCGCGACAAUGCUUUAUGUGUGGCAUUAUGUUUACGACCAUGAAAGGAAAAAGUGUACUUACAUGGUGGAGGACAUGCGAAGAGUAUGUAGAGUAUUAGCUGAAUAUUACAAUGUUCCCUGGGAGUAUGAAAUUGAAAAAUAUAAGUACGUUCUCGAUAAAAUGACAAAGAUGUUAUUAAAAAGAGAAAAAUUUGAAAUAAAGAAUAUCAAGAUGUUUGCUACUGAUGAGCCCAUAUGUGCGAGGUGGGAAUUUCAGAGAUACCUAAAACUUAAACAGAGAUCGUGGGCCGAUUUCACUCACCAUAUGUGGAGGAAGUGCACGAAAAAGCUGGAACACUCAUUUAGGAACUAUAAAAACAUGGAAACGUUUUGGAUGUGA